AAUUUAGUGGCGCUUUAUUUGAGGCUGCCCGAUUAUUCAUCAAUUUGUUAGCUGAAUGGUUGCUGAUUCAGUAAUUAAACCUGUUGUGGAGGAGCAUAGUUCAAAAAAAGAGGAGAGUGCUAAGGAUGAUCUGGUAAUAUUCUUGCCCUAUAAACAUCUUUAGUCUGAGGAGGACAAGCAGCUCCAAGAAGAGUUGAAAAUGCUCGUAGAAAGGCUCGAAGAACCUAAUCAGGAUCUUCACAAGCCAGCUUUAGAAUCUAUGUGCACGUUGAUAAAGUCUUCUACCACUUCUAUGACAUCUGUGCCAAAACCUCUCAAGUUUCUAAUGAACUAUUAUGCGAAAAUUAAAUCUUUCUACGGUACCAUAUACGACGUGACCACCAAACAAUUAUGUGCCGAUGUCGUGUCUGUUUUAGGUAUGACCGUGACGGAUCAACCUGAAACACGUUAUGAUACAUUGACGUAUAGGAUUCUUGGCUGCCAGGGUGAUAUUGGGGCAUGGGGCCAUGAGUACGUUCGCCACUUAACAAAUCAAAUCGUUGCUAUAUGGCAGGAAAAAGAGUAUGAUUCGCUUGUUGACAAUCCUGAAGCCACAGAGGAAAUGAAAAUGCACCGGGAGCAAUGUCUUGCUCUUGUUCACCAGAUAAUCCCUUAUCUAAUGGAGCACAAUGCGGAGGCAGAAGCGGUUGACCUUUGUGUUGAGAUUGAGCAGCAUCACCUUCUGGAGAAGUACACAUCGGACUUAAAUUUCGCUCGAGUAUGUUUAUAUUUGACAAGCUGUGUGGCGUACUUACCUACACCGGAUAAUACUAAAGUACUUCAGUACGCCACUAUUUUAUACCGUAAAUUUGAGGAUCUUGGUAAUGCUAUGCGUUGUGCCUUGCGUCUAAAUGAUAUGAAUUUGAUUCGUGAAAUAUUUAUGGAAUCUGGGAAAGUCAAGAAAGGUUCCCGUAAUUAUGGACCGGCUAUUCAGCGUCAGCUUGCAUAUCUGCUUGGUCGACAAAACAUUGUACUACCAGAUGAGGAAUCUCUAGCGGAUGAGAAUUUAACGGAAAUGCUUUGGAACACAAGAUUAUCAGAACACUUCUUAUCGCUUGGCCGUGAACUCGAUAUUAUGGAUCCAAAGUUGCCUGAAGAUAUUUACAAAUCUCAUCUGGAGGCAGUUCGACCAACAUUGUCUGCGACUACUUUGGAUUCAGCUCGAGCUAAUUUAGCCGCUUCUUAUGUUAAUGGUCUUGUAAAUUGCGGUUUUGGGAAAGAGAAGUUGUUGCAAGAAAUACCCAAGGAGGUACCAUGGUUAUGCAAACAAAAAGAAUUUGGUAAAAUGAGUACUGUGGCUACUCUCGGAUGGGUACUGCUAUGGGAUGUCGACACUGGCUUGUCUCAAAUUGACAAAUAUCUCUAUUCUGUUGAGGAUCAUACUCGUGCUGGAGGUCUUUUGGGUUGUGGAGUUGUCAACUGUGGUGUCAAAAAUGAAUGUGAUCCCGCACUAGCUUUACUUGGAUCCUAUGUAGAUUCUGAUAAAGACGUGCUUUCCCGUGCAGCAAUUAUUGGUCUGGGUAUAGCCUAUGCUGGUUCAAUGAAGGCAGAAGCAAUCAGCACACUCACUCCUGUAAUUCUGGAUAUCAAUACAGCGAGACUUCAGCAUGCUUGCCUGUCAGCACUUUCCGUAGGCCUCAUUGCAGUUGGUUCACUUGAUGGGACUGUUACUUCUACCAUCAUCCAAAGUCUACUAGAAAGGCCUACAAGUCAUUGGAGCAAUGUUUUCAGCAAGUUUAUGGCACUAGGUUUAGGCCUGACAUGUUUAGGUCGACAAGAAGAAGUGGAAGUUAUACUCGCUUCCUUAGAAGCUGUAUCUGAACCCAUGAAAUCAAUGGCCCAUAUGAUAUGUGAUUUCUGUGCAUACGCAGGCAGUGGAAAUGUUUUGAAAAUUCAAAAUCUACUGCACAUACUUUCUGAAAAGUAUGAAGAAAAAGAAAAUGUUGAUAAAACUACACCUUCUACUACUAAAACCAAGGAGAAAAAAGACAAGUCGAAAGAUGUUCGUCGCGGAGGUAUUCGUGGAAGAAAUCGUCGUGGUGGGUCAAACAGAUCUGGUGCUGCCAGUGAAUCAAACGUUGAAGCUUCUGGACCUAUGGACGUUAGUAGUCAGACAAACGAAGAAAGGAGCUCUCCAGAAGAAACGGAUACAACUCAACCAUCACCUAUGGAUACAUCUUCGGUAGAGGAGUUACCAGUACAGGAAGAAAGCCCGUUUGACUUUCAUGCUCAUCAGGGUCUUGCUGUUUUGGGAGUCGCUAUAAUUGCUAUGGGAGAAGAAAUUGGCUUGGAUAUGGCUUUCCGAAUGUUUGGUCAUCUUCUUCGAUUCGGUGAACCUCCAAUUAAAAGAGCUGUCCCUCUAGCUCUUGCUUUGUGUUAUGUAUCAAAUCCUCAACUGAAAGUACUGGAUACUUUGAGCAAAUUUAGUCACGACUCAGAUGCAGAGUUGUCAUAUAAUUCUAUACUUGCAAUGGGCAUUGUGGGUGCAGGUAUGUUUAUUACAUACUGUCAAAGCAAGAUGCAAUUUUCUUAUCAUCCCCUAUCAGAUUUAUCCUAACGUCUAGAUGUAAACAAUUCGUGAAAGAUAUUAUAUUUUCCAACCUGUUGCUUUUUUUAAAUUAUGUCAAAUGGCUAUUACCUACGGCAUCAGUCCUCGUUUUGGCACUUUUGAGUGUGGAAUUGUGGCUCAUUGAUCAAAGCAGUCGGUUUUCAAUCGAUAAAUUGUGGAUUUGACUUCCGUUCCAUACACCAAAGUUGAGACAUAGGCAGUGUCACCUGCAUUCAUACAGUAGGGUGGUAUGAGUCAAUCUGCCUCAUAAAUCUUCUUUUUGUUGUUGAGAGGCAGUUUUUAGCUAUAUACGAACGUAAAUACUAAAACCGUUUGGGAAACAACAGCUUGAAUAUAUUUGCCACGUGUUUUGCUCAUUUCAAAUAUAAUUUAGAAAUACAUCAAGACUUAUCUGCUCUGAAUCUUAGUUUGAGAAUAAGCUGACUGCUUCACUUGCUUAGGAAGUCACACCAGUCUUCAUGCGCCGAUCGCUGAUGGAAUCUGAGGCUUAAACGUUAAAGGCCGUUUGGGACUUGCCAACUUAGGUCAUGGGAUGUUAUGAUAUCCAACCACCUAUUGAAGGACGGGUAUACUGUUCAGUAGUUCAUUAUGUCCUGUUACAUGGUUUAGAUAUGAUAGUUGAAAAUUGAGCAUAUAAAAAAAUUAUAGGUCUCUAGCGUUAAAUAUCUUUGUGACAUUUGCGUGUAUGUAGCACAGUCAUCAUCUGAGCAGUAUUGGGGUUUGGCACAGGGAAGGCGAGUUGAUGCAAUCAUAAACUUUAACCAACUGAGGUGGUUUGAACACGUGUUACGAGGUAAGGCAUCAAGAUGACCACAUCCGGCCAUGGCAUAUCAGUCCAUUAAGUUCCCGACUGUUUGUCUGAAUUGUAUAUGUAGGCUGUUAGCCUUGAAAAAUCAGGAUGAUAAAAUCAAUGAAAUUCGGUCACAUUCGUGCAGAUUUGUACAUUCAUCUUUAUUGUCUUGAAUACUUUCAUCGAUUACUUUUCGCUCCUCUCUGAUGCAUUUUCGCCUACUAUUAUGUCAUAUGUUUCCUACCCACUUUUUCUUUAUAUGCUACUGUGAGGUGUGGAAAUUCUAACCAAUGCAGUUUUUAUUUAUUCUAUGUUGACCUGUCUGUCAUUAAAAAAGUUUUACUGCAAAACAUAUGUGUGAUUGUUGUGCUUUGUUUGAGUGGUUUUUGUCAUAUUGUUUCCGCUGAUUAGUUUAAUGUCUUAGAAAGGAUUUGAAAUUCGUGAUCUAACCGUCAUUCGUCUUCCAGUAAGUUAACUCUAAGGAAAUGUCGUCCAUUAGCUUAGUAACUCGACUCUCAAACAAUGAGUUCCAAGUUUGAACGUUUCAUGGGCCACUUCGAUCUGUACACCUGGGUAGUAUCAUAAGCUCUGACCCAACAAAUGUGGGUUAUAGCUUAGCACAUUAAUAUUUUGCCACAUUGAGUUUAUUAUUGUUAUUACUCUGGGGCACAUGAGGAGCUAGUUUUUACUAGCAAACUAAAUGAGCUUAUUUAUAAGUGCAUAGUUGUAAUAUAUGUCGUAGUUUAAGAGUGAUCUAAGAAUAAGUAUACAGAGUGGUUACUAGACUGCUUACUGUGAUAUUGUAUUGUUAAAGUAAAGGUAUACAACAGGAAACUUUGAACACAAGUUUUGUUUCAUAGCACUGGUAAAUAAUAGUUAUCUCAAUAUAAUUUAUCUAUCAUCAUUCUGUUUCUGUUUAUAAGUUUUGUGCAAAUACAGUUUCUCAAUCUCAUCUACCACUCUUUUCACACGAUAUUUUCGGAAAUUAUUCAAUGUGACACUAAUGAAUAAUUUUCGCUGACAUUAAAAAUUUGUGCAUUAUGAAAUGAAUCAAUCUAUUACCAUUAAAAAUCACUUUUCACUUAUUCCUGAUACUGAUUCAUUUAAUAACUUUCAUAUGACUCCAUUCUUUUUGUCAACGUCGAAAGAGACCGGUCAAACUAUAAAAAUAUUGUGGAUUAAAUGUGUAAGAAUUUGAUUGUGCGUUUAAGAGGAUGAAGUCCCUGAACUUAUUAGUUUAUAUUAUCCAAUUUCCUUUUUUAGAGUCAUUGUUGUUCACAUGCUUCCGACUGUUGUUAGCUAGUGAUAGAUUUAAAAUUUUAGUUAUUCACACCUGAACCAAGGCUACAGUUUAGAAUAUGUCGUUAUCUAAGCGAUAAUUUCCGUUGUCAAGGUAUCGUGUUACUCCUUUUGGUGUGGUAUGAAUGAAUAGUACAUUUACAACUCGUAUAAAUGAUAUUUUUCAUCUGGUUGGGUUUUUUUUGUCUGAUACAUCGAAAUGGUGUACAUUCUGCAUCCACUUUGAAGAACCCACUUCACUUCCAAUGGUUCGGUUUACUUGUAUGCUAUUCAAGCAGUUUAUUCAGGUAAUCAGAAUGUGAAAUGUUAUCUUAAAUACCGUUCUCUACAUCUUGCUGUUCACUGCUUUCAUGCAUGUCAUAAACUUUAACAAUAACUGGCUAUAUAUCAUACGAAUGUUCGCAUUCUUGUUAAUUCUGAAACGGUGUCACAGCGCCAACACUGACUUUUAAAAAUAUCAAUAUUCCUGCACCUAUCAUGCAUUUUAAGAGUUAUGAGUAAAAUUGUUUUAAUACAGCCGUAUUGUAUAUGUCUCCAAGAUUAAAGCUUUUUUAUUUUACAGGGUCGAAUAAUGCACGUUUGGCAGCAAUGUUGCGCCAGCUCGCUGUUUAUCAUAGUCGCGACCCAUACAACCUAUUCUUAGUUCGAUUAGCUCAAGGUCUGACACAUCUUGGGAAAGGAACACUUACACUAAGUCCUUGGCAUUCUGAUCGAUUCCUCUGUCGUCCUGUCGGUUUGGCUGGUCUUCUCAUUCUGCUAACUUCUUGUCUUGAUAUGAGGAUGACGUUUAUGAGUAGACAUGAUUACUUGAUAUUUUACAUAACACCAGCAAUCCAACCGCGCCUUUUAAUGACUUUUGAUGAAGAGCAGAAGCCCUUGUUAGUCACUGUUCGUGUCGGUCAGGCUGUUGAUGUUGUUGGACAAGCGGGAAGACCAAAAACAAUUACAGGAUUCCAGACUCAUACAACCCCAGUUUUACUGUCUCAUGGUGAGCGUGCGGAACUGGCAACAGAUGAAUAUUUACCCGUAACACAGCUGCCUUUGGAAGGUUUUGUACUUCUCCGAAAAAAUCCUGAGCAUGAAGAAUUAAGUAAAUGAUGAUUCUUUGUGUUUCUGUAUGUAUAAUUACAGUGUAACAAUGUUUUAUUGUGUCAUUAAUAACUUUCCAUUCCCACAAUAUUUCUUCUGAAAUAAAUUCUUCGGAUUGAUUUGCUC